AACAGGAAGGAAAAACGGCUGUCCAAGAAAGUAUGAACACAUGAGUAACAAAUAACAAGAAGAAGCUUAUGGUAGUGGUAACAGUAGUAGAGACCAUGAAACUAACCGAGUACACAGCAAAACAAUGUUGGUAAGAGAAGUAGCUGACGGACAUGAUGGAUGGAUGAAAGAAGGCAUUCUCGGGUAGGGACCUUGCUUCUCUAGUCUUGAUGAACCUCUUUAUAGAACACAAAACCACCAGCUUCAUGUUAGAGUUUCCCAACAAUAAGGUCUAGAACAGAGAGUAUUGAGUAUAGGUUUGAGUGUAACCAACCACAUCUUUGUUAUUCUUGUUCUUCCCAUCAACUAUCUGCUCGACUAUUACGUCGAUUUUAUGAUUUCAAUACUUAUUAAAAUAAUCUGCGUAAGUUUCCAAUAGCCGACUUAGCUCAGUGGUAGAGCGCGUGACUUUUAAUCCCGUGGCCGUGGGUUCGAUCCCCACAGUCGGCGUUUUUUAUUUUUAUUUUUCUGCCUGCUCCUGAAGGCUGAAGUUAUUCACACAGAUACGCUCAAACACUCUCAAAAGUCAAAACUUAUUAAAAGCUUGUAAAGGAAGCGUCACACAAUGACCAGUAAAAGUCCUUUGUUACUCGAACAAUACAAAAAGUGAAGUGAAUGAGAUUUUUCAUUUCCAAAGAUCAUUUAUAACAAAACCCUUUGGCUAAUAAUCCUUUUAAAACACUUUAGUUUUUCUCUCUACCACUGCAUUCUUCAACUUCCACUCUCCAACCUCCUGCUUCUUCGUUGAGAUCAGAAGGUACAACAAGCUUUCACUCUUCGUUAGUUCUUGUCGGUUUCUUUACCGUCUUGAACCUCUACAUUUAACCGUUUCUUGAAUUUUCUUUCCCCAAGUUUUCUGAAUCCAGACAAAAGUCUUAUGUAAUGUGACAAGACUUUUGAUUUUGUUGUUGUUGAUGGUUUAAAGUUGAGAUAACGGUACACUAACUCAGUAGUAGUGUCUCAUAUUCAUGUAGGCUUUAGCUAUGAGUUCUCGGAGGGUGGGUGUAGUUACUAGAAGCUUAAGGAGGCAACAGCAGGCGAACAUAGUGGGUCAGAUACCAACCGACCACGAGGAAGAUCAAAAUGAUGAUGAUGAUGUUGUUGAAUCAACUGCUUCUGCUUUUGACCGAGCCAAAAGAGACAAAUCUAGAGGCUCACGGCAAGGACCCUUAGUAGUUGAUUUAGAUUCAGGUGGUACUACUAGAGCAAGCAAAAAUCAAUCUGAACAAGCUGAUGUUGAGCUUGACGAUUCGGUAAGAAGCGUUAUGGUUUUUUCUUUUGUUUUGCUCUUGGGACUUAGGCUCACAUAUUUUGUCUGUCUUGUUCAGAGGAAGUCUAAUAAGUCUGUGGUGGCGGCUCCAGUAGAGGAACCAAAGUUUAACUGCCCAAUAUGUAUGUGUCCACUUACUGAGGAGAUGUCAACAAAGUGUGGUCAUAUUUUCUGCAAAAGUUGCAUAAAAGAAGCCAUCUCUGUUCAAGCUAAAUGCCCUACGUGUAGGAAGGAUGUGACUACUGAAGACCUCAUCCGAGUCUUCCUUCCGACCACCAAAUGAAUAAUGAUAUAGAGACAAUCUCCAGUUAAAAAAAUUGUCUUAUCCACUCUAUCAUUGAGAAGAUUGGCUAGUAAAAGUGAAGACAUGUUUGUUCAUGAGUUGUUUGUUUGUAAUAUGAGUAACUCAAAACAUUUAAUUGUUUUUUCGAUGAAUAUCAUCAUCAGAGUAUCUUGAUAAGUGACAAUUCUUUAAAUUAAAAAUUAGGAUAUUCAAAUUGUUAGGCU